GUUGACAUCCUGCACCAUCUAGUCCAGGUCAGUCAAUAAGUCCCCACAACCAAACGGAACCAUGCCAAAUACACAGAUAUCUAACUGUGAAAACUAAGCUAUGCACUAAGAAUGACCUCCUCAAUCUCCGACUCAUCAAUCGAAGAUUUUCCACUUUCUUGACACCUUAUAUGGACAGGUACCUUGUCCACGAGAUCCGCCGUAAAACCAGAUACCAUCUCCAUGGAGCUGUAUCAACAAGCUGUCCCACCAAGGCGCUACUACCCAGGCUCUUAUGCGCCGGAGCACCAGUCGACCAACAGAAAUACAAUGGUGAAGCGGCCAUCCAUACCGCAGUGCGCCAGAAUAACCUCAACAGUGUCCGACAGUUACUGCAAGCGGGGGCAACUGUCGAUGUACCGGAUCGGCAUAUAUGGACGCCGUUGCACCUGGCUUCUCGGUACGGAUAUGUAGAUAUUCUGAGACUUUUGCUUAAAUCCGGCGCCGACGUCAAUAGACAGGGAUUCCAUGGAUGGACAGCGAUGCAUUAUGCCGUGAGGGAAGAACAUGCAGAUUGUGUGGAGUUACUUCUGGAGUAUGGGGCUGACGAGCGGGUGUGUGAUAAUGAUGGGCGGAGGGUUAGAGAGGGUCUAAGAUAUGGUGUUGAGCCACUUUAUGCCAAGGUCUAGGCGAAGGGGCAAUUGAUGGAUAUCAAAUAUCUACCUCUCCGUUUGAAAUACACCAUGGUGAAUCAUAGCAAAGAACACUAUGUAGAUUUCUUGACAUACACACUCAACAUAUCCGUCCCCUUCCCAUUCGCAUACGACCUCUCCGGCUUCAAAUACAACAACCGCUCAAAUGCGCCCUUGCCCUCCCCCUUAGCAUCCUCACCAACAUCUCCAC